AUGGAUGAAAAUGUAGGCCUAAACAUGAAAGUGAACGCGGCUGUGUCAUCAAUAUUAGUUGACAUGGAGGGUGUGAUUUCGACAAGAGAUCCAUGCGUAGCAUAUACUGUACUAGACUCAACCAACAGACAACACACAGUACGGGAAAACAACGGCGUCUGCGACAAUAAUUUAGUAGAAGGCUGGUACAAAUUUGAGAUUGAGGGAAGACCUGCAGAAAUACCGCUGGUUUGUCUACAGAACAAUGUCUGUGGUACUCAGUUGCCUUUAAGAAUUGAUCUCGAAGGGAAUGCUAUGCCAACACCGGGUGAGAUAUUGGAGACGUACGCGUGCACGUCAUACGACGUUCUUGGCAAAUGGGACUGUUGCGUGUUGCGUCAGCCUGUAAAGAUAGCGAACUGUAAUGAUUUUUAUAUCUACCAUCUCAGACCAACUGACAGAUGUCCGGUUGCUUACUGUGCGCAAGAAAUAGGUGUAAACCCGUCUGAUGAGGUGACUAUAAAACGAGGUGACGUUCCUAACCAAAGCAGUACAACAACAACAGCAAAUAGUAUGUCAACCACUUCCGAUAGUAACCUUACAGAAACAACAGCUGGUACAUCUGAGUAUAGAAACACCACUACCGUGCCAGAUUCUUCAAGUGUGUUUGCUGCAGACACAGGACAAAAUAUGACGGAAAAUGUUACAACAGAAUCAACAGUAUCAAACACCACGCUUGAAAGCUCAACUGACAGAGUUGCAACGUCGCCAUCAGAAAUUAUGGCAACUACUUUAAGUACCGAUGUUAGUGCAGCAGACAACACCACUGACACCUUAACAACAGACAUAGGUGGAGUUGUGUCAACAGCUGGAGAUAAUAACGUUACAGCGUCAACAGCAGAUAUGGCAGAGAGCACAACGAUAAAUAUGACAACUAAUGAGCAGACGACAAUGAUUGCAGAGACGGUAGAUCUGACAACAAAAGAUAUUAAUGGUUCUAGUACAGAAAACACUACUGUUAACACAACUCAAAGCACAACUGUAAAUUUAGAAUGUGAGAACUGGACGCAAAUGCUUUGCAAUGAUGGAAGAACUACCUGUUACUUAUCGCCGGUGAAUAAUGAAACUUUUAUAGUUUGUGCAGACGACAGCGGGUGUGGCGCCCUCUGUGACGAUGUUCCGGAUUGCACGGACGGAUCCGAUGAAAAUAACGCAGACCUUUGUCCGAGUAAUCCAGUAUGUCUGGAGGGCCAAGAACUAUGUUCAGAUGGAAGUGCUUGUUAUAAUCGUUGCGAUGGACACAUUACUUGUGAUAACUCGACAGCAGGAGAAGAUGAGAAUGGUUGUUUCACUACAUCAACUCUAUCUCCUGCUACAACUAACAUAACAUUCACAUCUGAGAACAGAACCAUAAAUGUCUCAACACCAUCGGAUAAUGUUACUUCUUCAGCAGUGACACAAUCAACACUCCUUGUGUCUGUAAGUACAGAAGGCCAAACAGAAAAUGAAACAACCGCACAGCUACCUGCUUCCACAUCUCAGACUUCUUUCUCUGCAACAACUGCCGUCCAAAAUACAACAGCUUCCGAAAAUGUAUCUCUUACUACAACUGAUUCUUCUGAGACCACAGAUGGUAUGACAACUGAUUCUUCUGAGACCACAGAUGGUAUGACAACUGAUUCGUCUGCUACCACAUAUGGUAAUGGAACUGAAUCUUCUGUCAUCACGGAAGGUAUAACUACUGAAUCUUCUAUAACCAAUGACAGUCAUGCUGAAAGUGCAACAGCCUCACAAAGCACUGUUACCGGUUUAACAACAUCUGUAAACGUCCGAGAAAGUUCAACGGCUUUUAUUGGAUCUACAGACGCAAAUAUUACAACGGUUAUUGCGACUACUCAGUCAGAUACUGUUUCCACUCAGUCAGAAAGUGAAUCAUCCACAGAAAUAUUAACAACAAGAAUUUCUACAACCGAUUCCAGCAAAUCUAAUGUAUCAACCACUACUGUUUCAGAACUAACCGAAUCUAGCAUUCCCACAACCUUGUCCUCUGCAGUUGACGACACUUUAGUAGGUGAACUAUCCACUGUAGCUUCAUCGAUUUCAACAGAUGCUCAAACAACGCAGUCAACGGAAAGCCUUCAACAGACUACAGUAAUACCAGAUGAAUUAUCGCACAGCAGUAGUCAAACUACAGAAUUGACGACUGGAUCUACUUUGGUAACUACAGAAGAUGGUGUUGAUACAAGUCCAGUUUCUGCCAGUUUAUCUCCAGACACAUCAGAUACAGUAGUAAUUUCUAAAGCGGAAUCGACUGUAAGUACGAGUCGGGUCACCAGUCAUGUACAAACGACAGAGUCCACUACAAGUGAUGUUAGAACGGCUACACAUAGUGUACUUAAAACUUCUUCAGAUGGAGACGCCACAAUAUUGCCAGAUCACAGAAACACGUCUGAUGAAUUCUCACCAGUGACUGGUCCCCAGCCUACUUCAACAGCGGAUAACCAGACUGAUCACACUAUGUAUGCAACAAAGGAAAAGAAAAGUUUAUUUUAUGAGAACUUUGGACUGUUUGUUUUCCUGAUUGUUGCCGGGGCUGUCAUUGUUGGGGUCUGCUUGUUUGGUAUCAUUGGCUACAGGUACCAGCGAAGGUUACGAACAUGGAACCCAACUAUGGCUUAUCAGGAUGCAUAUGGAGAUUUGGAAAAGACAACGCUUUCAUUUGGACAUGAUAAACAUGGCAUCGAUAGUCCAAUACCCGACUUUGACAUUUUACGUGACGAAAAGAAGUUUGAAGAGACAUCACUUUCCCAGGCAAGCACGUUGGCACUAGGCCCCACCCCCGGACGGACAGAUCCUCCAUUUGAUGACACCUAUAAUGAGGCGUUUCCUGACAAGAUGACCAACGGGAAACCCAGUAAUGGAACGUCACAACAAGACAAUGAAGUGUCUUAUGUAACUAAUGGACAUACAAAUGAAGGUUUUGUAGCAGACGACAAUGCGGAUGGGGUAGUUCCUAUUGAUGAUUUAGACACAUCUGCACCUAGGUCGUUGUUUCCUUGGAUAGAAAAUGCAGCAGACACGAAGUUAUAACUAAUGAGAUUCAACAGUUUCUGGAUAGUUCGUUAGCUUUUCUUUUGAGUAACAAUGAUUUCAGACAGAAGAGAAUUUAAGAGUGGUGCGGUGAUUACUAAAUAUGUAGAGGUUUAGCAUCUUUGUUAGAGAAAUAUUAUAAAGCUUCAGCACAUUUUUAGAGAAAUAUAUAAAGGGUAAGCAUCUUUUUAGAGAAAUAUAUAAAGGGUCAGCAUCUUUUAAGAGAUAUAGAUAGUGGCUCGGCAUCUUUUUAGUAGAAAUAAAUAAAGGUUCAGCAUCUUUGUUAGAGAAAUAUAGAGGUUUAGCAUCCUUUUAGGGAAAUAAAUAAAGGUUCAGCAUCUUUGUUAGAGAAAUAUAUAGAGGUUCAGCAUCCUUUUAGAGAAAUGAAUAAAGGUUCAGCAUCUUUGUUAGAGAAAUAUAUAGAGGUUCAGCAUCCUUUUCAAGAAAUACAUAAAGGUUCAGCAUCUUUGUUAGAGAAAUAUAUAGAGGUUCAGCAUCCUUUUCGAGAAAUACACAAAGGUUCAGCAUCUUUGUUAGAGAAAUAGGUAGAGAUUCAACAUCUUUAUAUAAAGGUUCAGCAUCUUUGUUAGAGAAAUGGGUAGAGAUUCAGCAUCUUUAUAUAAAGGUUCAGCAUCUUUGUUAGAGAAAUAGAUAGAUGUUCCGCAUCUUUUUAGAGAAAUAUAUAAAGGUUCAGCUUCUUUGUUAGGGAAAUGGAGGUUCAACAUUAUGGGGCGCCGUUUUACUAUUUUAUAGGCAUUUUUUUGAUAUCAAAAAAUCAUUUCUUGAUAUCAAAAAUCCGAUUUCUUGAUAUCAAGAAUUCCAUUUCUUGAUAUCAGAAAAUCA